AUGGCGACGAUGACGAUGCAGCUGGGUGGGCUCAUACUGGCCGUGCUGGGCUGGCUGGGCUCCAUCCUCACCUGUGCGCUGCCCACGUGGAAGGUGACAGCCUUCAUCGGCUCCAACAUCGUGGUGGCCCAGGUCUUCUGGGAAGGGCUGUGGAUGAACUGCGUGUACGAGAGCACGGGGCAGAUGCAGUGCAAGGUCUACGACUCCAUGCUGGACCUCGCCUCCGACCUGCAAGCGGCUCGUGCCUUGGUGGUCACCUCCAUCUUCGUGGCCUUCUUCGCCUGCCUCACUGCCCUCUCGGGGGCAGACUGCACCCGCUGCGUGGAUGACAAGAGCACCAAGUCCAGGAUCUCCACCGUGGCAGGUGCCAUCUUCAUCCUGGCCGGCAUCAUGCUGCUCAUCCCCGUCUCGUGGUCUGCUAAUACCAUCGUCAACAACUUCUACAACCCCAUGGUGCCCGAGGCCCUCAAGAGAGAGCUGGGGGCUGCCCUCUACAUUGGCUGGGCCUCCAGUGCCCUCCUGCUCUUCGGCGGGGGCAUCCUGUGCUGCUCAGGACCCCCGGCCCAGCAGGACCCCUACCCUCAGAAGUACAGAGCAGUGAAAACCAGCAGCCCAAUGUGCUACCCCAUGAAAGACUACGUGUGA